AUGAUGAUAAAUAAUAAUAAUACAACAUUAGAAAUGUGUGUUAGUAAUGUUACUUAUGAUAGAUUAUUUCAUAUAUCCAAUAGUAUAUGGCAUGUAGUUGGUUUUAUUGGUGUUUUAUUUGGUAUACCUGGUCAUAUUUUACAAAUAAUUAUUUCAUUGAAUAAAACUAGUCGAAAAGAACCAACUUCAUUGUAUUCUAUUGCUAUUUCAGUAGUUGAAAUAGUCUUUCUUCUAGGUUUAUUUUGGUUAUGGUGUGUAAGGAUGUCACUUAUUAAAACUGAUCCUCGAGAAAUAAUAUCAUGUGGAAUUUUUUAUAGUAUUAUAAUUGGUUCAACAACAUUAUCACAUCUUUAUUUAGCAUCAUAUUUUAUUGAUCAAAGUAUAAUAAUUAUUUAUCCAACUCGUUAUCGUUCAAUAGUUACACGAUCUCAUGUUAUAUUACGUAUUGUAUUAGUUACUUUUAUAAUUAUUUUACUAUCAAUUCCUCAUCAUUUUUAUUUUUAUUACGAACCACGAGUCACACUUUUUCUUUGUGAUUUUAAUCCAUCUCUUUAUUAUCGAAGAAUACGUCGAUGGUCAUUUAUACAUGCAAUACUUCUUGUAGGUAUUCCAUCAUUAAUUGUAUGUAUAUGUUCAGCCAUUUUAUUACAUAAUCGAUGUAAACAUAAACGAAUGUAUAAAAAUAAUUUCAGUGCAAAUGCUCGUCGUAUGCACAGACAUUCAAUAUUACUUUUCGUGUUUUCACUUGGUUUAUUUUUAUCUAUAUUACCUGGAUCACUUUCAUUCAAUCAACCAAAGUUUUGUCCAACAGCAGAAUGGAAUCCUUAUGGAAUUACUUUUGCUAACGAAACAACACUUGGGGAAGAUACUGCCUCUCUUUUUAUCAAUACAAACAACACAGUUUAUACAGUUAAUAACGACAAGAAAGAAAUCUUAACGUGGAUUAACAAUAGUAUCAGUCCAAAUAAAAUUACUCCUGAUAAACUAGGAGAAUCUUUCUCUAUCUUCGUUACAAAUAAUGGUGAUAUUUAUUAUGAUAAUGGUUAUGAGAAUAGUCGAGUCGAUAAAUGGAUAUCAAAUACAGAUACUUUUGUUAAUGUCAUGAAUGUUAAUUCAUCAUGUUUUGGUAUCUUUAUCGAUAUUAAUGAUACUUUAUAUUGUUCAAUGAAUGAUGAUCAUAAAGUUAUCAAAAGAUGGUUAAAUGAUAGUGAAAUGAUAUUAACAACUGCAGCUGGAACAGGUAUUCAAGGAUCUGAUUCAAAUGAACUUCAGGAUCCUAUGGGAAUCUUUGUUGAUUUAGACUUUGAUUUAUAUGUGGCAGAUUGUGGUAAUCACCGAAUACAAUUAUUUAAAUCUGGAGAAUUAAAUGGAACAACAAUAGUUGGACAAGAAUCAUCAAAUAACACUAUUUCACUCACAUGUCCAUCUGGAAUUGUAUUAGAUGCUGAUAAAUAUCUUUUUAUUGUCGAUCAACAUAAUCAUCGUAUAAUUCGAUCAGGACCAAAUGAUAUUCGAUGUAUAAUUGGAUGUUAUUGGGUAGGAUCGGAAUCUCAUCAAUUAUCCUUUCCAAUGAGUCCUAGUUUCGAUAGUUACGGAAACGUAUUUAUUAUUGAUAAGUCCAAUCAUCGCAUUCAAAAAUUUGAUUUCUUAUUAAGUUCUUGUGAUAAUUCAUCAAGUGUUCAAUCAGUGUAUUCAUCUGUAUUAACAGAAAAUCAUCCAACAUAUUCUCCUACCGGUUGUGAUGUUCCAAACUACUAUUAUGAAGCCAUACAAAUGAAUGUCAAUGAAAGUCGCUAUUAUACUCUUAAUAUUAACAGCACUAACGAUACAUUAGGCUACAUAUACGCAGGAAAUUUUUAUCCAUCUGGUCCAUAUAUAAAUUUAAUUCCGGAGAGUGAUAAGAGAUUCGUUGAACUUCAGUUUCCGAUGAGACCCUUUCUUCGGUCCACCACUACGAAUAAACUGGUUGUGACAACGUAUAGCCCAAAUGUAACAGGAACAUUCUCAAUCAUUGUGUCUGGUUUCAAUAAUGUCACUUUCAAACGUCUAAUAAAUCCUGAUAAAUGUAUUAUUGGUGGUUCAUGUAAUAGUCAAACCAAAGGUAUUGGUAUAACUCUUGAUGACAUUUUACGUUAUGAAAUUAAGAAAAAUAUGACAUUGAAGAAUCAAUCAUUAUUAGUGAAAAUAAGUGUUGCUUUAACAAUGAUUAUGUUUCUUUUGGGUUUAAUCAAUAGUAUUUUAUCACUUUUAACAUUUCAAAAUGAAAAUUUAAGAAAAGUUGGAUGUGGAAUGUAUCUUUUAGCAUCUUCAAUAACUUCUUUUCUCACAAUUUCUAUGUUUACAAUCAAUUUCUGGUUUAUUCUUCUCACUCAAACGAAUUCAUCAAUUAAUUUAUCUGUUCGUCGAGGUGGAUGUAUUUCUAUUGAACCUAUCCUGAAACUUUUUCUUUACUUUGAUACAUGGCUUAAUGCUUGUGUUGCUAUUGAACGAGCAAUUAAUGUUUAUCAAGGUAUUAGUUUUAAUAAAGAAAAGAGUAAACGUCUGGCUCGAUGGAUUAUAUUUAUUUUACCAUUUUGUAUCAUUGCUACAAUCAUUCACGAACCUUUACAUCGCAAUAUCUUCGAAUAUCCAGUACAAGAAAAAGACACAUUUGGUGACACGAAAAUAAUAGAAAUACAUAGAUGGUGUGUCAUUAAUUAUUCUUCUGCUGUACAAGAUUACAAUACAGCUAUUCUUUUCAUUCAUCUAAUUGGUCCAUUUAUUGCUAAUCUCUUUUCUGCUUUAUUCAUUAUUUUCGGAACUGCUCGACAACGGUCAUUAGCUCAGACGAAUCAGAAUUAUAUUGCACAUAUUCGUGAACAAUUACGUGAACAUAAACAAUUAGUGAUUAGUCCAGCAAUUCUACUUGUUCUAUCAAUGCCACGUUUGAUCAUUUCAUUAUUAUCUGGAUGUGUGAAGGUAUCUGAUAAACCUUGGUUAUAUCUUCUUGCUUAUUUCAUUUCAUUUACUCCUUCAAUACUUGUUUUCGUUGUAUUUGUCGUUCCAUCGGAAUUGUACCUAAAAACACUAAAAGAAUCAUUGAAAACUUGGCAACGGCGAAUCUGUUAUUGA